CUGGUAUACAUUCCCACGGCGCUCAAGACCCAUCAGCGAAAAUUGUCCUCGAGCUGUGAGACAGGGCCGCUGGAGAGAUCGUCACGGUUAUUAAUAGAAAGAGAAAACACUUCGUCCAAAGAACAACCAACACCACCAUCCGAGAGUGUUCAGCUCUUCACGGAGAGGGAUGAGCCGCUGCGGGCGCGGUGGAAAGAUUCCGGAGCUUGCUGCCCCUCAACAAAUGGGCUAGUAAUGCUAGAGACUUUCCACUAAUUUUGCGGCACGGUGAUGCGUCACCUGAGUAUUGACAGAUGCCAGAAGGCACGGAACCAGGGCGGCGAAUAUCAUGAUACAGUAUGCGCAUUAUGCAAGUUGGUGCAGAUUGGUCGCGGUCUCAACGGACAAGAUUUCCCUUGGGCUGGUGGACCGAGUUUCGCCGCUUCAGUCAGAAGUCCAGAUGUGUCGAGGACCUGGGAACUCGAUGCGAAAAGCAGUUAUCCAAAUAUUCGAGGGAAUCCUGUGUAAACAUCCGGGGCCGGAGCAUCACAUGGGGUGGGCCCGCACCUCAACAUGGAGCGCGUAUAGUGCUUUAUCAGCAUCCCCAUCGACAACGGGGCGAUUUACCCAGGAAAGCUAUGAGUUCAACAUUUUUGUCAAGCGACCUGCCCGCUCGAUGGCGAAGCUCCAUGAAGUCAGCGACAAGAUUCAGCAAAUCGGGGACCAAAUCUCUGUUAUCGCGACUCGGUUGGAGACUCGACAAAAUCUGGAGUGGUAUGUAAAAGCAGCUAUGCAGAUGGUCUACAUUCAGAUGGAUGCCAUCGCUCGAUUGAUCGGGACAUUCGGCUGAAUUCGAACACACUUGUCGAUCAAGGCCGGGCAGGAAGCAGGGGUCUGCCAUCUGAUGUGAACAUCGAUCGCGGCCGUACGCGAGGAGGGUUUCGGGCCGGAGUUGAUUAGACUCCUGCAUUUCCGCCAGACAUUUGUAGAUGUCUCCACCUUUUUGUUAUCUCCGCUGUUGUCCGUCAAUGAUGGAGCUGAAAGGGCUUUUGGUGCUCGGUGGUCGUACCGCGAGCAAGCACCAAGAUGUAGGGUUCAUUGACUGUAUUGCUCGCUGAUCUGUUAUCGCGCGAAGUCAAAAUGAGCUUCGCAAGGGUGUAAGCAUGUAGAUCAUGCACGAUUAAACGCUAGCGCGUGACACGCGCCGCACACUAAAAUUUUCGCCAUUUCAUCCCAGAUUUG